AUGUCGCAUCAUCCACCAAACCCGCCUAUCAUUCAUUCUUUUGCCUCGCCAGAGGUUCUUAUUUCAUCUCUGGCAUCAUUCAUACUCAAAGCUCAGAAGGAAGCCAUUGACAAGAAAGGAAGAUUCACCAUCGCUUUAUCCGGUGGUUCUCUUCCGAAGCAGCUCAGUGGUCUUAUAGGUAAUCCUGCCGUCAAAUGGGAUAUGUGGCAAGUAUUCUAUGCAGACGAACGCGUUGUGCCACUCACCGAUCCGGACUCUAAUCAUCUACUAUGCUCAACCGAGCUAUUCAACAAAGUCCCAAUCCCUAAAGAAAACAUCCACACUAUUGAUAUCUCUUUACUCUCCGACCUCGAAGAGCUCUCAGACGCUUAUGAGAAAGAGCUCAUUAAAGAAUUCGCACAGAAAGACGCUGCCCGGUUCCCUGUAUUCGACGUUAUCCUUCUUGGAAUGGGUCCCGAUGGGCAUACAGCCUCUCUAUUCCCCGGCCACGAACUUCUGGCGGAAGAAGAUCGGUGGGUAGCGUAUAUCGAGGACUCGCCGAAGCCUCCGCCGAACAGGAUUACGCUGACUUAUCCGGUGAUUAAUCAUGCGUUGAGAGUAGUGUUUGUUGCUGUGGGAGCGGGUAAGGCGGAAAUCCUGAGUGAGGUAUUGGAUAGUCCCGAGAAGGGGUUGCCAGCCUCUAGGGUUAAGCCUGUGCAUCCUGGGCAGUUGUUUUGGUUCGUAGAUGAGGCGGCGGCGGCGAAGUUGCAGGUGGCUUCGGCCGAGUUCAAGCUUUGA